UUGAAGAGUUAAGAGAGCAACUUGAAGAGAAAGAAGGAGAGGUUGAUGAUAAAGAGAGGGAACUGACUGAAGCUAAGGAUCGUAUCACUGCACUCGAGAACCAAAUGGUGGAAUACGCUUCACUCAUGAACGACCAAUCAAAAACUAUCCAGUCCACUCAUCAUUACACCCAGCAGAGUGCCAAACUGCAGGAGCUCUACUCUAAAGCAAUGGAGUUUUGUAAGAAACAACAGAUUGAGUAUCAAGAGAAAAUAUCAUCACUUGAGAAGGACAUUGAGAAGGUCCGUACGUUAAGUGCUGAUAGUACUGUUAAAAUUGAAGUUAUGGAGAAACUAAAAGCGGAAGUUGAGGGUAACAGAUCUCAAAUGAAAUCCUUUCUAAAAGAGAUGGAGGCUAAGGACCGACUAAUACAAUCACUUCAGGACAGACUCAGUGGAAAACCCGACCCAAAGUUUGGUGAGUUGGAGCUGGUGACAUUACAAGAGAAGUGUGAUGCAUGGAGAGACAGAGCUGAGUCAUUGAGUAAUGAAAUGGAUGAACUGAAGAGUCUCUUAGCUCAACUUUCAAUAGACAAACUAGCAGCAGAAGAACAGCUGGAACAACACUUGAAGAGCCAGUCAUCAUCAGAUUCAAGACAUGAUAGUAUGAGACAAGUACAGGAGCUACAGAGUCUGAGACUUAAGAUGGAGAAUACAAUACACUCAUUGAAGGCUGAGAAGGCUGAACUGUCACAGAGAAAUGCUGAACUAGUCGAAUCAUGUGAUCCAGAGAAAUAUGCCAAACUAAAGAAAGAGGUGGUGUCCAUGUCCAAAAAACUCAAAGAGAAGGAGACAGAGAUAUCAAAAUUAACGGAAUCACUUCACUUCCACACUGAGGGUAACCGUGAGCUGAAGGAACACCUUGAUGCUGCCCUGAAUGAAGAAACAAUAGCUAAAAUAGAGCAAAGGAUUAGCAAGUACAAGACAGAGAGGGACACCACAAAGGAAGCAAUGAAGACCCUAAGAGCUUCAUAUGAUGAACAAUUAUCACUGAAAGAAUCCACCAUAUUGAGCCUUAGAGAAGAACUGUUGAAGUAUCAGGAAGAGAAGCAAGCCUGGGCUGUCAAGUAUAAGAAAAGAAAGAGCGAGCUCUCUGAACUCAAGAAAGGUUCUAAGGAAGCCAUAGCAAAGCUUCAUAGCCAGUUACAAGAGAAGGAGCAACUACUACAGAGUCUUGCUGCACAUGAUACUGAUAGAGAUGAUGAUGAUGAUGAUGAUGAUGAUGAUGAUGAUGGAGGAGGUAAUAGUGAUGCAAAUCAGGAGGCAGAGCAUGUACAUGUAAGUAAUGAAGAAGAGAUGGAGGAAGAUAAUGAAUUGUAUCUAACAGCUGUCAGCGACUCAUUUCAAUCAGGACCCUCAGCUCCAACUACAAAACACUCCACAGACAUUAAACAAAAAACUUCUCCAUCACUUUCACGUCAUACUCGAUCAUCAAUCCACAAAAGUAGCAAAGAGGCAAUUCCCUGUCAUACUCACCUAAGAGGAGCUUCUAAAGCAACUACUUCAACAUCAUCUCAAGUGAUUGUAAGAACAAAGACCGGAGAGAAGCAGUCAGUGAUAGUGCCUGGAGUAUUAGAAGAGAUGCCGAUAGGCAGUAUAGUAGUAGUGAAGAGGAAGGAUGGUAUCUAUGAGCAAGGACUCCUGAGAUAUAUUGGGAAGGAACAGUGUGGUGUUGAACUGGAGCUACCAAGAGAAGGAACAAAUGGUAAAAGUUAUGACGGAACCUAUAAAGAUGGUCAACGCUAUUUUCACUGGUAAGGACUAAUCCCUUUUUCAUGCUUUCCAUUAAUAAUCUCAUUAUUAUUAUUUUAUUAUUAUUAUUAUUAUUAAUUACAAUAAUAAUAAGUGGCCUAAGAAACAAACACAAGAGAUACAUGUAGUAGAGGGAGGCAAAAAAGGAGAACAGAAAA